CCUGCGCGAGAGAAGCUCCGCAGCAGUGUGAGAAGUUCGUUGCGGUUGCACUUCGGAUUGAUCUCUGUCUGUUCAUGAAUUUCUUGCGACUUUGUCCAAGGCUCUGAUAAUUGGCACAUACAUUAGCGUUUUAAUGCACCACUAGUCUUUCUGUAGCAAUUUUCUGCGUUUAAUUUGAAUGAGAAUGGGCAACAAAUGAUGUUUUGAGCAAAUGCCAGCACUCCGCCCUUACAGACUUGGUAGUUCGACAGUGAUUUUUAGGUGAUUGUUGAGGAAUUCGUGGGUUGCAAUCGGAGCUUGUCGAAGAGAGGUUCCGAAUGGCAGCAUGUUAUCAGCAACCCAUGCCUGUUGCGGCUGCAAAAUCAUCAUCGUUUGUUUUGGGGUGUAUGCGGUACAAGACAGGGUGUGAUAAGAGGGAGCUGAAUCUUAUCCCCCUGAUAUGCGCCGCCUCUCAAAUUGAGCUGAAGAAAAGUCAGAGAAUAACUGCAUACUUGCAACGUUGCACUCUAUUUGCCGUACCUAGGCAUAGCCAUCUUGGGAAUCGGAGGGGCAACAAUAGUAAAUUGGUUGUUACAUCUGCUGCUAAAGAAAUUCUCUUCGACCAAGAAUCUCGAUCAGCACUUCAAGCAGGAAUUGACAAGCUGGCGGAUGCUGUAGGUGUUACGUUAGGGCCGCGAGGACGUAAUGUGGUUCUUGAUGAUCCUAGCGAACCCAAGGUGAUAAAUGAUGGUGUCACAAUUGCACGUGCUAUUGAUCUUCCUAAUUCAAUAGAAAAUGCGGGAGCAGCUCUUAUCAGAGAGGUUGCUAGCAAGACAAAUGACUCUGCAGGUGAUGGUACCACUACUGCCUGUGUGCUUGCAAGGGAAUUCAUAAAACUCGGGCUCCAGAAUGUCAGUGCAGGUGCCAAUCCAAUAGCUAUUAAGAAAGGAAUUGACAAGACGAUUUCAGCUCUUAUUGAGGAGCUCAAGAGGCAGUCUCGUCCGGUGCAAGGCCGUGAUGACAUUAAAGCUGUAGCCUCCAUAUCUGCUGGGAAUGACGAUUUUGUUGGGACUAUGAUUGCCGAUGCGAUUGAGAAGGUUGGGCCCGAUGGUGUUUUGUCAAUCGAAUCUUCUUCCUCUUUUGAGACAACAAUCAAAGUGGAGGAAGGCAUGGAGAUUGAAAAGGGCUACCUAUCUCCUCAUUUCGUCACCAAUCAGGAGAAGCUUUUAGUAGAGUUUGAGAACUGCAAGGUUCUUGUUACAGAUGCACCUAUUACCAGCAUCAAGGAGAUCAUAACAAUGAUUGAGAAAACCACUCAGUUGAAUGUUCCUCUUCUAAUCAUUGCGGAGGAUGUGUCUGGUGAAGCGCUAGCAACAUUGGUAGUGAAUAAGUUGCGAGGAAUUGUAAAAGUGGCUGCAAUCAAAGCUCAUGGAUAUGGACCCAGCAAACAAGCGCUUCUUCAAGAUAUUGCAAUUCUGACAGGUGCUGACUUCUUAGCUUCGGAUCUCGGGAUGUCUGUGGAAGACGCUUCCGUCUACCAGUUAGGAGUGGCCAGAAAAGUUACUAUCUCUGAUAAAAAAACUAUCAUUAUCUCUGAUAACGCAACUAAAGAAGAAAUUCAGGCCCGCGUUGCUCAAUUGAAGAAGGAAAUGGCAGAGACAUCAUCUUCUAGAGAAGCACAGUUGCUCUCUCAGCGCAUUGCCAAACUAUCUGGCGGUGUUGCUGUUAUUAAGGUUGGAGGUGCAACUGAGAUAGAGUUGGUGGAUCGGAAGCUACGAAUUGAGGAUGCUAAGAACGCAACUUUUGCCGCCAUCGCGGAAGGCAUUGUUCCUGGUGGCGGUGCGGCCCUUGUUCAUUUAUCAUCCUUCGUGCCAAGUAUAAAAAUCUCGUUCCAAGACCCUGAGGAGAUGCUUGGAGCUGAUAUUGUGCAAAAGGCAUUGUUAGCACCUGCAUCGCUGAUUGCAAGCAACGCAGGGGUGGAAGGCGAUGUAGUGGUCGAGAAGAUAUUAGAUCUUGAGUGGGCUUUUGGAUACAAUGCAAUGUCAGACAAAUACGAGAACCUUCUAGAGUCAGGUGUAAUUGACCCAGCAAAGGUUACCAGGUGUGCCUUACAAAAUGCUGCCUCCGUUGCUGGUAUGGUUCUAAGCACCCAAGCCGUUGUGUUUGAUAAGGUAAAGCAACCCUCUGGCGUCUCUGAACUACCUGGAAUGCCUCAACUCGGAUAUUAGGAGAUUGAAGAUACCUAGAUAUCAUUUAGAUUUGGCGCUUGCCUUGGGAGUCUCAAUUUUUAUCCUCCUGUGGGCAGUCCGGCAACUUCAGGUAUACCACCAUAAUAGGUUGCGAGAUUUCAGAUUGCAGUGAUAACUUUGAUUAUAACUCUACGAAUACAAAUUUAUCAAAUGUCUUUGUAAUUCUCUAAAAUAUAGGUUGCAGAUAGCUUCGCGUUUGCA